UUAAUGUAAUUUAAUGUAUUUCAUUUCAAUCAUUAUUAAUUGUGCUAAUUUGAAGUUUAAGCAACAUUGAAAGUCAAAAAAACAAUAAAUUGAUUCAAAAUGAAUUCAAAGAUCUUUUUUGCUUUUUUUUUAGCUGUUUACAUCUGUAUCAUCACUGUAAAUGCUCAAGUUUACAGCUAUGGAGUGUCUGUUAAAACGGCCGAUAAAGAAUUCGGUAGCCAAAAAGGUAAAAUCAAGCUUGCAAUCAUGAGUACAAAUACCGUAAAAACUACACAAGAAGACUUUGUAUUGACUCCAAAUGAUAUUAAGAUCAAAAAGGACAGAACUUAUACUGCAACAGUUUCAUCAAUCGCUCCAUUAAACAACAUCACAUCGGUUUACCUUCGAUGGACUCUGGCCUCACCAUACAAUCCAUACUACGCAAUCAAAAAGCCAACAAUCUACUUUGAUUCAGUUACCCUUAGCACUUCAAUCGUUAAUCCUUACACACAUCUUGCUGUUUCUCAAAGUUGCAAGUUUUGUCCAGCAACUACACCAAUCGGAAUUAAACAUGCGGAUGGAGCUACUUUCAAUUCAUGUAUCUGAAUCUGUAUCUAUAAAAGUUAUGGACCAUAAACUCAACUAAUUUUGUAAUAUUUUUUCAUGUUUUAUAAAUAAAAAUAAAAUAAAUUUUAAAAUUGUUUUUA